AUGACAGGGAUUGAACCUGUGCCAGUCGUGUGCAAUGAUGAAAACAAAACCCUAUCUUUAGCUGUAGUCUGGCAGCUGAUGAGAAGAUAUACCCUUAAUAUCCUGGAAGAUCUUGGAGAUGGCCAGAAAGCUAAUGAUGGCAUCAUUGUAAGCUGGGUGAACAGAACAUUGAGUGGAGCUGGAAAGUCAUCUUCCAUUCAGAGCUUUAAGGACAAGACAAUCAGCUCUAGUUUGGCAGUUGUGGAUUUAAUUGAUGCCAUUCAGCCAGGCUGCAUAAACUAUGACCAUGUCAAAAGUGGCCAUCUAACAGAAGAUGGCAAGCACAAUAAUGCCAAGUAUGUUGUGUCAAUGGCUAGAAGAAUUGGAGCCAGGGUUUAUGCUCUCCCAGAAGACCUGGUGGAAGUAAAGCCCAAGAUGGUCAUGACUGUGUUUGCCUGCUUGAUGGGAAGAGGAAUGAAGAGAGUGUAAAACAACCAACUGAAGCAAACACAGUGUGGCUCCCAGGUGCAUGAUUAGCAAGUUAGCUAUUGCCAGGUGACGUGGUCAUGUCUUAGGGCAGUAUUUGU